GAUAGACCGGCACAGAACAGCGGGGUGUAAAAUGCCGGCAGGUACGGCUUACCUGGAACGCCAUAACCACGUAGCGGGCAUAGUGUACAGGAACAUCUGUGCUGAGUAUGGGGAGAAUGACAGAGCUAAGAUCCUGUGGGACUAUCAGAUCCAGCCUGAUAAAAUGGUGAUGGCUGACCAACCGGACAUCGUUGUGAUCAACAAAUGGCAGAGCAAGGUAGUUUUGAUAGAUGUAGCAAGCCCAAGCGAUAGCAACAUCAACAAGAAGGAACUUGUGAAGCUUGAAAAAUACCAAGGGCUUAGAGAGGAGCUAGAGAAGAUGUGCAAAGUGAAGGCAACAGUGGUUCCUAGUGGUAAUCAGAGCACUCGGGGCUGUAACCCAGUGCACAGUGGCUCCAUCCGAUCCCAGGAAAAACAUCAGAGAUCUCUGUCUGAAUCAGCACAUCACAACGUGGUGAUUGACACAGACAUCCCUUGGGAUGUCUACACCAUGAAGUUCAACAGCCUCCAGUUCAGCACAUACACAUGCAUCAGUGAUUUGGACUCUAAUGACGGGCCUACAGUAACCCCCGAAUUCCACAGGAUGCGGAACAGCUGCGGAUCGGCGUGUCGUCUGCGUGAUGCGCCGUCCGUCAACACCCACCAGGUCUGGAUUUUUGCGGAAUGGCCGCAGCCAUGA